AUCUGUCCUUCCAGACUCUUGCCUGGUCCUGGGAAUCGAGUCCAAUGCCCGAGGACCAGAGGGCUUCUCCGCACCUGCGGCCAUGUCUCCUCCCAGCAACGCCCCUGAUACCGAAGCAAGCCUCUCCCAGCCAACCCGCUCAGCUGCGCUCCUCCCCCUCGCUGCCCCGGAAGCCGCUGGGAUGUCGCUGUCGCAACAGCGUGGCGGAACACCGUCUACUGCAAAGAUCGCCGGACUCGGCCCAUCGUGUGGUAUUUGCCAGCUCGACCUAUCCUUUCUCGGCCGGCCUGAGCAGGAGCAGCACAUGAAUCUCUGUCUCGACGGCUGCUUCACCGGAGAGUCUGUCUCUGUGGCCGCACCAGCCGCUGGCACGUCGUCGUCCCCACUCCUCGAUACCUCGCCAAAGGUGUCCAAUGCAGCUGCCGAGCCCGACUUCCUCGAGAUCCCCGAUAGCCCAACGCCGUCCGGCGAGCCGAAUGGCCAGUCGAUCGAAGAGCUGCAGCGGCGCCUCAGAAGCCUCGACCAGCAGCUCGAUAUUAUCGAGCGACUCGCCGACUGCCCGUGCUGCUCGGUCCGAUUUGUCGACCAGGGCACCGACAACCAACCCUUGACCGUCAAGCAGAAGGAGAGGCGCAUUCGACACAUCAAGGCCUGUAUGAAGCACUUUGGCCGCAGCGCAGCGUCAAUGAUUGACUUGCUCAGCUUUGCAGACGAAGACAGCACCGACGGGCCCGAGACGGCCCUCGCUAACAUGAGUGAAUCGCAGAUCGCCGGUCUCGACCACGUCGUCCAGGUCGCCACCAUCCUGGGCCGGCCUGGGAUGGCGGCUGUCGCAAAGGGCAAGAGGGGAGCCAAGCGCAAUCCGGCAAAGGACAGCUCUGCAGAAGCCCCGGCCAAGCGAUCACGGAAGAGGACAACAGACCAGCCGACAUCGAGCAGUGCCGCCCACGAAGCAGGCCAGAAAGGUCGAUCAGCCAGGGAUCGACAGCCGCGACGGAGAGAGGGGCCCAGCUUGGCCCACAAGCGCCCGGGCAUGCAGUUGUUGCCAGUGGAAGAGGCCGUCGCCUUUGCCCAGUCGAGGGCCUCGUCGAUCCUCUCGGACUCGGUCGCAUCGAUAUCUUCCGCCGGCCAGCCCGAGCCCCCGCGGAUGAACCAGUCGCUUUCGAAUCCGAUGCUGUGGUCCCUCUCGGCAGUCGGUGGCAAGCAGGAAGGCAAAAACGAUACGGCGUUCAAGACGACACUUAUCCAGGCCGCCGAGUCCCCCGGAUUUGAGCAUCGCCAAGUCCUGGAACUGGCUCCGGAAGUGGGCGUCGGCCAGUUUGACCAUGACCAGCGCAGGAUCAACGAGGUGAUCCUCCAGUACGACGUGGAGAUCCAGAGUGCGUACGACAAGAUGGAGGUUCAAAUCAUGAAGAUGAAAGAAGAGCAUCGGCUGUGGGCAAGGUCGAAAAUUGAGGAGCGAGAUCGCCUGAUCCAAGCCAUUCGCAGUGCGCCAGCCGAUCCGGGAGUCUUCAUCGACCUCGUCAGCGACGAUGAGGAAGCGGCAAUCAAAAUGCCUGUCGACACUCCGCCGCCAGAUGACCAGCCCGAUCCAGAUACAACCGAUGCCAUCAGCCCACCUGGUCAUAGAGUCCGAGUGCAGCCCCUGCAGGCAGACACACAAGAAUCGGACCCUGAGCCCGAGCUUGAUCGUGAAAGCAUCUGCGUUCUGGACACCCGGACAGGAUUCAGCAGGAGCCAGCUUGAGAUACCUGUCGAUGGCAAUCCGGAAGAAGCGAGACAUCAUCGCGAUGUUGUGCCCAUGCAGAGUCGACAGAAGGACAGUGACAUACUCGAGGCUGUUGCGCCACAGCUAGGUCGUUUCGAUCGCCAUGAAGACAUCCCGCUGUCCUGGAGUAUUCAAACACCAUUUCAGUCGAGCCAGGCGCAAAAUACCCCCGCCCCGGCAGCUGGGCCUCCUCUGAGCACGGUAACGACACCGCAGCCCGAAAGAGCGAGAGCUCAUUCGCUCUCGCCGCUGGAUGACAGUGAAUCUGUCGUGGCCGAGUCGCCUCAGCUGCUUCCGCUCAACCCCGGCUCUCGUGACGACGACUACUGGUACUACGAAGAACAAGCUCGCUCAGAUGUGUUCGAAGGCUCUUUGGCCCGCAUAGCACACUCGUCCAGUUCGCCGCACCGGGCGACCGAGCCCCAAGCCAACUCAUUACAGCCAAGUCCUGGGCACGAUUCGUCCUUGGCAAACUUGCAGGACCAUUCAUUCCCGCUAGAUGAAGAGUCGGUAUUGCCGUCAAAUCAACGUGCGGCCAGUGUAUCUGCGAACAUAACUGCGUCCAACCUGGCCAGCCGAGCUUGUCCGUCCAGUCGAAAUGGCGAAGCCAGCCUUGUAAGCAAGCUCGAUGAAGGCAGCGAACCGAGCCAAGAUCGUGAAUCCGGUGGGGCUGAUGAAGCCAUGCCUGAUUACUCCAAGAUGACUGUGGUUGAGCUACGGCGACUCGGUUCGCGAUACGGGCUGGGGCCCAUCGGGAAAGCAAGCUUGGUCAAGGAACUGACAACCAUAUGGGAGUGUCUUCAUCGCGGCCAACCAAGUGCCAGUCAGCAACCUCUGUCCUCACAGUCAAAGGCCCAGCGCAGACCUGCAGACGAACCCCUCCCAUCCGAUUCCAUGGACGGUGCAGCGCCAGCCAAAACAGCACCCACCCGGGUCACUCGCAGUCGCCAGAAGAAAGUCAUGUCUAGCGCGGAGGUGAUCGAUUUCCACGACCACAUCUAUCGAUUCCUGAUCGACAAUGAGUCCAUCUACGAUCAGAUCCUGCGUUACGAGCCUCUUGAUUUGCCCGCUGUGCUGAAGCAGCUCGUUCAAGCAACAAGUCUCCAAUGCAACCUGAAGCAGCUCUGCGCCUUUAUGGAUAGCAAGGGUAUCAACUUUACGCUCGAAUCGGACAAAAACGGGACACCCGCGACCCAAGUAAACACGCAGGCACGGACACUCAACACCAGAUGAGAAGCAAGCACCCAGGCGGGACCCAUGGUAGUCGGGCCCAGGCACGCCUUGCCUCCAAACCAUCAUCGGAGCCAUGCUGCAUGAAGCUGCCACACCGCGUGCGAUGCCGGCAUUCCGAAAUUGCUGUGUGCUGGCACACUGGAAGGUCGCGAUGCUGGCGAGGUUGACAUUGGUCUGAAGCACAUCACGAUGAACCCAUGAUGCUGCGAUGCAUUUGCCGACGGACUGGCCAGUCGGCUCUGCAUCGUCGUCGAGUGAAGUUGCUAUGGCUUGGAAAUAGCACACGGAUGUAUCGAGACAGCGCCGACAUCGUAUGAAUGGACACAGGUUGCGCCGAUUGAGAACCAGGCUGUCUGUGAGAGCCGCCGACCUGUUCUUCGCAAACCGCAGACCACCAGGCCAGCGCAACACGGCAUGCUGCCCCUCCCCCGAAA